AUGGGUCGCUCCGUCUUGAAGAAACCCGCCGCCGCGAUGAAGAAGAGGCCCGCUGCGACCCGGCGCACUGCACGCUACCGGCCGAAGUACCGAAGCAUGAGUUUGGAGGCCUGGACCGCCAAAUACUACCCAAACGACGUUAAGCGGAGGGACGGAAUGGAAAAUGAGAACAUGGACAUCGACAAAGACGAGGGCGAGGGGGAGCGGGAAAUGGAGCCUGAAGAGAUGAACUUGAGCCAGGCCACGGCCAUGCAGUUGCCGGGGCCUUCGAAGAACCAUCCGAGGAAGGAUAUUCGCAGCAAACAGGAGUCGCCGUCUCUCUCUGCGGUGGUGACCGAAGUCAAGAAGCUCCUGGACUAUCUGCGUGACGAAGGAGAGGUGCUGACGGUGGAGCAGUUGGGUUGGAAUGUCAUGGAGAGACUGGACGAAGCUUGGUUCACGGGCAGCGUGCCGGGCAUCGAGAACGUCGCUCGUUCCUUGCAGAAUCCGUUCUAUCCAGAUGGAGGUUUUCGAUCAUCCAAAAACCUUGGUAGCACGACAGAUGUGUCGCUCUUUGUCGAUGCCAUUUGGCGAGAUGCAGUGAACUUCGCAGAGGCGUCUUGCAAGAAAGUUACCGAGGAGUGCUAA